GACGCUUUCGAGGAUCUGCUGGAUUACGCUUCGGGCGGGUUCGGCAGCGUUCUGUCAGGCUCCCCGCUGCUGCUGGGAGACGGCGAGGCCGAGCCUGAGUCGCCCUUCGACGAGCCCAGCGUCGACGCCGAGGACGUCGACCCGUGCGAGGACGAGCCUGAGGGGCAGCCUAUGCCCUUCCAGCGAUGGAACAGGAUCUACUACCGCCCGAGGGCGGACUCCAACCAGGGUCUCACGAUGCUCCUGGUCAGCAAGUUCAGCUCCACGCUGGGCGAGAAGAGAUGGGUCUGCAUCGACCCGACGGGCAGGCUCCAGGUCCUAGACCUCGGCCAGCCUGCGAAGGUGAAGUCAACGAAGUUCGCGGGCGUGAACCACGGCACAUUCCAGGGCCUCUCCGCGACGGAGAAGCAGAAGGCCAUCGAGGCGGCCGACCGCAUCAUCGCCACGGGGCCCGUAUCGACGACAGGCAAGAUCACCGGGGACCACCAUCCUCGAGGUGGAGGCGCCGCGGGACGCAGGUCCCACCGCCGCCACGCGGUGUCGUGGCUACUGAAGCUGGUCUCCAACAUCGCGGGCUACGCUUGGGCCCGCCGGAGCUCGGGCACGGCUGCGGGUUCGACGUUCGUGCUGUGGCGCGCAGUCGUCGACCUCAACGUGGUGGAGUGGGUGAAGUGGGGCUACUCGUCGCUGAAGGAGACCGUGGACACGGUGGAGUAUUUCAGGGAGGAGAUCGAGACGGUGUUCGAGAUGCACGAGUCAGGAGCUCUCGAGCCUCUCUACUUCUCAGUGGCCGUGAUGCUCGUGAGUGGCUUCCUCAUGUCGUGCUGCAGGUCCUCGCGCCCCUCGCCUGCGCCAUCGCCCACAACGUCCUCUGGUGCCGCAGCUCCCGCGCUUCUUGGUUGGAGCUGGCCAUCAUGGUCGGCCACGCCGUCUCCAAGCCAGUCGGGAUCAUCGACUCCCAGGGACGAAGGCACUCAGGUGUCAGACGCCGAGGAUUCGGACUCGGUGGGAGGCGAAGUUCUGAGGCAGAUGGGUUUGGUGGCCGAGGGGCUCUCCGCUCUCGAGGAGAGGCAGGCGUCGCGGCCGACGGAGCCUCCUCAGCCAACUCCAGCGCCUUCAGCACCUCAAGCCCCAGCGAAGCCUGGGAUCGGCGCGGACAGCUACGACCAGAUGAUGGGGGCCCUCCUUCAGAGGCUGGACCGCCACAAGGAGAUGGUGGAGCAAGACAGCAUGGCCGUGACCGCCAGCGGGUCCGAGCCGCGGGUGGUCAGCUCCACGUCCAACCCAGAGAUCGACUCGCUAGUCAAGGGCCUGGACGACUCCUUCAAGGACACGCGCGAGGUCGCCAAGGAGAAGCUGCAGGCCUACUCCAGCGACGUGGCGUGGACGAUCCCGGGGGGCAUCAAGACGCGAGUGGCCCCGUCAAUGGUGGCUCGCCUGUACCGCAGUGGGGCUUCAGCGGUGGCGAGCAUCAGGGAGAUGAUUCGCACGAAGCAGCUGGACGGCAACCACAUGGCGGAGGAGGCCCUCCUCAUCAGCAUGAUGCUCGGCCGAUCCAUGGUGGAGGUGCCCGCGGACUGGAUCAACUACAAGACGACGGAGUUGGCGAUGCGGCGCCUCCACGGCAUCGAGAGGGCCUUCGAGAACGUCAAGCAGAGGUCGGACUGGAAGCCGCCCAACGGCUCGAAGGCGGGCUGGAAGUCUCGCGUCAACUACGCCCUGCUGGAGGAGCUCGACACGACCAAGUCGGAUCAGGAGGGCCUUCUCAUCGACGGCGUGGAAAAGGAGCUUCGCGAACGCUUGGCUCAUCGCGCCCUUCUCGCCAAGUCCCUCGACAAGCUGCAGGACAAGAAGUCUCGCUUCGCCCAGGAGCGAGCAAUCAGGGUCAGGACGAACGCCGCUCUGAGGUCCUUAGCCGCGCUGACGACGAACUCAUACCACGACCUGCGGGACUCCAGUUUCGGAUCCUCCAUGGAGUGGGGCACGAGCCACGAGCUGCCGCGCAGGAUUUCCGAGAGGGUGCUGCAGUGCCACCGGGACGCGCACGAUCAGAAGAUGUACGACUCCGGCGCCGAGUCCGCUUUCGAGCGGCUGGCCUUGCAUGCCAAGCCUGGGACCUACGCGGGCUUCAGUGUAUCAGACAAGGACGGCGACGACGUGCCGCAACGAGGGAAGGUCAUGCCCUUCGUGAGCGGCGAAGCGUCUCUGCCUCCAGCGGGGACGCAGCCAUGCGACAUAAGGAUGAUUUCACCAAAAGCGAGAUAUUACUUCGACAGAUUCCACGAGAGGAUGCGCCUGCCGCCCAGCCAGGUCGACGAGGCCGACAUCGAGAAGACGAGAGCCUACAUGGACCCCAGUUUGAGGAGCAGGUCAGCUCGCCUCCAGUUCGCGCUGAGACUAUGGGAGUCAGGCAUGCUCGGUUUCACGGACAUCUGCAGGGCGGAGGUCUCGGUCUUCUUCGUCAUGAAGAAGGUCAACGAGGCAGGCCAGUUCAUUAUCCGGCCCGUCUGGGACCUGAGGCAGGUGAACAAGCGCUUUCAGAAGCCACCUCACCUCUCUCUGGGGUCCCCGAUGGCGAUGGCGGAGCUGGACCUAUCCGACGAGAUCACAGAGGGCAGGGUCUCGCAGUCAACGUGGGGAGACGUGCCAGAUUACUUUCACAGAUGCAAGAGCUGCAGCGAGCUGUGGCCGUACAUGGUGUUCGGAGGCGCGACGAUCCCCCAGCUUUUGAAGGAGCUCAAGCGCCAGGGCAAAGGGGUGCCGACGGUCCCGAAGGGGGCCCGCUACCUGUGCCUGGUGGUGAUGCUGAUGGGCUUCAGCUGCUUCUCCGAGACGGCCUUCAUCUACUGGGUGUUCAUGGGCGACUUCGCCUCGAUGACCUUGCAGCAGGACGAGAUGAGCGAGGUGACGGAAGCAGUGCGCGAACACGCUGGGAAGAAGCUCAAGGAGGCGGGCCUCGACAUGCACAAAGACGGAGUCGGGGCAGCGAUGCCCCUUUCUCUGGGCGUGACGAUCACUCAGCGCCCUCAUCGCUUGAUGGCAGCACAGGAGAAGGUCAAGAAUGUCAUUGGUGCGACCAAGGCCCUUCUGGACCGAGGUCGAGCGACUCCAACCGAGCUAUCAAGGAUAAUUGGGUCGUGGGUGUGGUUAGCGAUGUGCUGUCGGGCCGCUUUCUGCAUGCUGGACGCUUGCUACAAGUUCGUGACAAAGUACGGCGACGACGAUCAGGUUCACAUCCUGUGGGAGAGCGUGACAAACGAGCUGUACAUGCUUUACCACAUGGCCCCCCUGAUGUAUACCCACUUGGAGUCGAGGUGGAGCCCCAGUGUCUUUGCUACGGAUGCGAGCGAGGAGGGCCUAGGGGUAGUCGAGACGACAGCGAGCCGGGAAGAAGUCCGAGCCGAAGUCAACCGACAGUGGAGAGCCGACCAUCUUCGAGACAUGGCCAGGGACGAGGAGGAGGAGGAGCUGCUCAGUGGCGAGAACCUCGAGCGAGCCAGACGAGGCAUCCCCCCCGUGGUGUCCGAUGGCGAGGUCCCUCCGAUGAAGUUCAUGGCCGACAUUUUCUCGGGGUGCGGCGGCUUCGGGCAGGCGAUCCGCGAGGAAUUGCAGUGCCAGACCCUGUUCGUGGACAACGCACGGGAGGCGCGCCACGACCUGCUGGACCCGUCCUUCGUCGAGCUUGUCUGUCGCGCCGUUCUUCGGGCCCUCUUCUUCAUGGUCCACUUGGUUCAGAGGGUACGGGAAGGCAACGCCCUGGCCCAGGCAGCGAUCUCGAUUUGCUAUGCGUGCCUGGCAUCAGGGACAGGCUUUUCACUGGAGAACCCCAGGACCUCGAUGAUCUGGGACCUCCCCGACAUGGCGAAGUUGCUGACGAUGGAUGGAGUUCUCGUAGUGGAGAUGGUGCACUGUUCCUUCGGAGCCCGAUGGAAGAAGCCAGCUCGGAUAGUGACCAACGUGCAGGCGCUGAAGGAGCUCGAAUGCAAGUGCUCUCAGGAUCACGAUCAUCAGGAGCUGCGGGGACGCGACUCUCAAGGACGACUCUGGACGCGCCUGGCAGCAGUCUACCCGCCACGCCUGUGCAAGGCUUACGCCUCGUGUGUGGCCAAGGCCGUGUCCAACAACGAGCUGAAGCUGCACGGCUGGCGCAUGCGAGAAGUCCGAGGCGCAUCGCCGAAGCCAGUCGCAGUCAUGAGUCACUGGGCCAAAAUAUCCCGAUGGCAUCUAGCGUGGAAAGGGGUAUGGGCGUAUCACGAUCACAUCAGUGUGCAGGAAAUGAGGACGGUCGCAUCGGUAUCUCGUCACCUGUGUCGCUCGUCAAAGAACUGGUUCAGCCGAGUCUUGGUCCUGUGCGACUCUAUGGUGACGGUGGGCGCAGUCAGAAAGAUGCGGAGCUCUUCGCGACCUUUGAUGACGCAGCUGAAGAAGAUCGGCGCGAUCACGCUGGCCACCGGUAUCCGAUUGACGCUGAGGUGGAUACCCACAGACAUGAACCCGGCCGACGGCCCGUCGAGAGGCGAGGAGAUAGGCAGCGCCGAGAUCACCAAGACCAAGUCCGAGCAGAAGAAGAGCGUGAUGGACAGCGACUUCGAGUUCGAGAGGCUCUUCGGGGACAUGCUGGAGAUCAGGGGCAUGCACGACGACUACGACCUGAUCACAGCCACAGCAGCGGCAGACACGGAGCUCAACGACCAGGACGAGAGCUUCCAGGCUGACGGCGACCACACCUUCGACAAUGAAGAUGGGCAGGCUGUUGAUGACAUAGGAAUGUUCGCAGGAGCUCUCGAAGCAGCGGUGACAGUCAAAAAGACGGCCAAAAAGAAAGGCAAGCAACGAGCUCACGUUCCUCAGAACAAGAAGGGCCCCCUCGCCUUCGAUAAUGCUGCUCGGGAGCCCCCAGUGUCGAGAACCAGCCUGGGCUCUGGCACGCUGGAAGUACCUCUGCGGCUUCUCGUUCACGCAGUUCAGGACAACACUAACGCGUGCUACAUCAAGGAGGUGGAGCCCUUUCUCGUGAGGGUGCGUCUCAAGAGGCUUCCUUUUGCCACGGCGGCCGAGCGCGACAUCACCCUUGCGGCGGAGUUAGACCACAUGUGCUUCGUGGAGAGGGCUUCGGUGUCAAGAGGAGUUCGAUUGCACCAUGGGCUGGUCCACCUGUUUCCAGAGUGGAAGUCUGAGCUGCCGAUCUCCUUGCGCGCUUUGCAUAGCUGGGAAAAGUUCCAGGAGUCCUGGGAAG